UUCGAAUUCACAAAAAAUAAUCCUCCUUCCCUCGUCGUUAUAUAAUUAUACACGAGGCCUGUCAAUAGAUCGGGUUCGGGUUUUAACUCUGAUGGUGAAACCAACAAUGACGGAUAAAGCAAGAGAGUAUUCUAGUACUACUCCUUCAUGUGGAACUAGUGAAGCUCACAAGUAUAACCAUUUACUAGCUCCGGUAAAAUCAUCGGAAGCCGAGAAGAAUUCCGCGACAUCAUCGUCGUCAUGCAAGUAUAGAGGAGUUCGGAAACGGAACUGGGGAAAAUGGGUGUCCGAAAUUCGGAUGCCGAAUAGUAGAGAAAGAAUCUGGUUAGGCUCAUUCGACUCGGCGGAAAAGGCCGCACGAGCAUUCGAUGCAGCUCUCUAUUGUCUCCGAGGCCCGAAUGCAAAUUUCAACUUCCCGAACACACCACCAGAAAUUCCAGGCGGUCGGUCUUUAACACCAGCGGAAAUUCAAGCAGCGGCUACUCAGUUUGCGAAUUCGGGUGAGCCGAGUUUAAAUAAUUGCGCUCCCGGAUUACCGGAAGCAGAGUCGGCCUCUCCAUCUCCCUCGCCAUCACCGUCCCAGUCACAGUCACAAUCACCUACUUAUGGAGCUACGGAUUUAAAUAUGAAUAUGAAUAUGAAUAUGGAUGGGACUGAGACAUCCGUUUUCGAUCAGUAUUCGACAAUGGGUCCGGGCUGGACCGAAAACGGGGUCCCUGAUUUCGGUAUUUUUCCGGGGUUCGAUGAUCUUUCGAAUGAAUUUUACAUGCCAUCGCAGUUGAAUAAUGGUGCUGAUUAUCAAGAUGUGGAAGAACAGUGUGAAUAUACUACAUAUCAAGAAUCAUUUCUUUGGAAUUUUUGAUACGGAUGACCUGGGUUUAAUUUCCGGCUGCUGUCAACUAGAAAUAUAUAUGAAACCACAUAUAUUUUCUGGGGACGAAGCUAGUUAUCACAUGACGUAUAUUUUUUGACUUUUACUAAAUUAGUAAGGGUUUGGCCGAAUAUAAAACUUUAAUUAUGAAGUUAAAGCUAUUGUACUUAGGUUUUUUUUGGUUUCUCGACCAAUAAUUAAUCUAUAUUUUUCUGAUUGGUUAUAUCAUUUUAUGUUGUAACUGAUAAGUUUUCUGUGCAAUUAAUUGAAUUAUUAUUAUUAUU